AUGUUGCCCAUGGUGCGACCCGCUGUCUCUGGCGCUCUGUGUGUGCGCCCUCGACUGGCAUCAUGCCUUCCCCGUGCCAGCCCCAUCGCCGCCCUGUCGACCUCCUCCGUGAAAUCUGCGACCGCUCUUGAGCGCCAGUCACCUAGUGGCCAGGCGCUCACUGCCUCUGGCAAGGUCCGGAAGGAAGUGCCUCUGCCCAGCCAAGAGAAGAAGGAGGGUGCUAUGCAAUAUGUCUUGACCACCCUUGAUCAGGUCACCAAUUGGGCCCGUCAGAGCUCCCUCUGGCCCAUGACUUUCGGUCUCGCCUGCUGUGCCGUCGAGAUGAUGCACCUUUCCACCCCCCGCUACGAUCAAGAUCGUCUGGGAAUUAUUUUCCGAGCUUCCCCUCGUCAGUCCGAUGUGAUGAUUGUGGCCGGUACGUUGACGAACAAGAUGGCGCCCGCUCUCCGCCAGGUCUACGAUCAGAUGCCCGACCCUCGGUGGGUUAUCAGCAUGGGUAGUUGCGCCAACGGUGGCGGCUACUACCACUACAGUUACUCGGUCGUUCGGGGUUGUGACCGUAUCGUCCCUGUCGAUGUCUACGUCCCUGGGUGCCCUCCUACCUCCGAAGCCCUGAUGUACGGUAUCUUCCAGCUUCAGAAGAAGAUGAGACACACCCGGAUCACUCGCAUGUGGUACCGGCGCUAA